UAUAUAUUUUAUUUUUUCCAUUUAUCUACAGCGAUUGCAUAUACGCAAUUGAGUUCCGUCGACUUGAUCGUCGACCUUUAACCAGAAUAAACAUUUAUUUUGCCGUUGCCAAAAAUGUACAUGACAACUGGCAAGACGUUUGCGAUGGUGAAAGGACCUUUACGUGAUUGUUUUUUUCAUAGUAAAAGAUGGCCAGCUAUUCGGCAAUUGCACUUGAGUGCCGCAAUGGAAAAUUAUGUGAAUGAAGCCUUAAUACCUCUUCCAAUCAAUGUGGACUCUGCGGAAACAACUCGAUUCUCCCCCCAGCGCUCGCGUGAUAUUUCGUCUACAGUGAUUAAUGCACAAGCACCAAUCUCAAGCAUUGAUAUCACUAUUGACAACAGUUUUCACGCAGUUUUAAGCGACUCAAGUGUUUGUCAAGAUCCCCAUCUACAGUCCUAUGAUUGCUUUGGGUUGAUCAGUCUUAAUUCCGCAAUGCAAAGCAAUGUACCAACACCGUUUGGGGGGCUCAACAAGUUUUCGCAUCUGAACAUGCCUGGCGGACAGUGGUCCCAGGAGUUUAAGUUUACAGCGCAAAACAUGCAGUGGUCUCACUACAGCAGUCUUCGCGACAGAUUGCGAGCGGAUUGGGCGACUUACGAUCAGAACGCUACUCUUAAAACUAAUGGCCAAGAGUUUUUUACGAAGGGUCGAAGAAAAUAUAGCACGCAAUCGCCUAUGCAAAACCCUACAACAAUAAAGGCAGCAAUAUCAAAGUCGCUUUCCACAAAAACAUCCACAGGUUCCAAACUAGGUAAAAGUGAGCAGCUAAAGAGGGCGUUUAAGGAAUAUGGAGCGCCUAUUGUGGCCUUUCAUGUAGGAAUUUCUCUGAUUUCUCUUGGCGGUUUCUAUAUGCUUGUAUCAAGACUAGCGUCCACAUUACAAUACUGGCUUUUGAAGUUCUAUAGAUCUUAAAAAGUUAAUUUUAGCUUUAGUUUCUUCCUACCCGUUACACGUAGAGCAAAUGAAUAUAUUAAAUUUAAUCGAACUAUCUAACGGACUAAAGGAAGCUUUACUACACGAGUCGAUCUAGUUAUCCUCGUCUGCACAUCCGUCUCUUAUUUUGUCUGUCAGUCAGUUAGUAUGUCCGCCGAAAUCGCUGUAAUAUAUGAACUAAAAAGCUCGGACUAGUUACUUUAUUUUUCCAACUCCUACAUACAGAAUUUUUUUUUUAAUUGACCACAUUUACAUAAUUAUUAUUUGUGUAUUAUAAAAUUGGGUGGUAAGUAUAUAUAU